CGUGUGUUAUUACAUCAAAAAUCCGGAUUUAAUGAAAAACUCCGCCUGCAUGGAGUGCGAUGGCAACGAAUCACUGUGGUUUUGUAUUAUUUGUGCACAUGUUGGUUGCGGUCGUGGGAUGCAGGGACAUGCUUUGGAACAUUAUAGGGAAACUAAACAUAAAUAUGUCAUGGAAUUGCAGGGAUUCCAAGUAUGGGAUUAUAAAAUGGAAAGGUUUUUGCAUAAAUUAAAUGCUCAGGAUCAACGGCUCGAUAAUUUUCACACAUACAACGAGGCGAAUGCCGAAAAUGUUUGUUCAUGUCCCGUAUGUCAACACAUUCGCACUCCCAAAUUUCUGAAACAAUCUGUUUGUAUGGAAUGCGAAGAAGACCAAACGCCAGCUCUAUGGAUUUGCUUGUCGUGUAGUCAUAUCGGUUGUGGCAGACAAAACAAUCGUCAUGCCCUUAUGCAUUUUACCAAAACCAAGCAUCCCUACUCCAUGUGUUUGAAUAAUUUCAGUAUUUGGGAUUACAAAGAGCAAAAAUAUCUGCACCGGCAAUUACACGAGACAAUUGCUGUUAAAUCCGAACUGGCUGAGUUUGAAGGUGAACGUUUAAAAGAGGAUUUUGAGAAACGUAUGGAUCGUUUGGAACAUGAAUGGCGAGAAUUUAGUAAACUAACGGAGGCCAAUAGAAAAAUGAUAACCAUCGAGGAACGUUUACUAACUUUAACAGAUGAGAAGAAAGUACUGGAAGAAAAACUGUAUGAACAUGAUGCAAAAUUAAACGAGUUACUUACACAAUUUUCGGGAAAUCGUGAAUAUUCCAGCACUCCAUCGAACAAUUCUACUUCAGUAGUAGCUGAUACUUCCGCAAAUGUUUGCUCGAAGAAUAUCAAACUGGAUCAAAAUCAAGAAGAUAAACAGUGCAUCACUGCAGCUUAA